AUGAACUCUGAGCUGCGCAAGAGGAAACCGACGGACGAUCUCAUCUAUAUCAUUCCGCCACUUACCGUUGCGCUGGAUGCCGAUCUACCCGUUCCUUACAAGAUGCGCAACUCAAUCAUCGCUGCCGCCGCUUUCCUGGCUCUGGGAGCUAGAGCCGACAUUUACCCCAACUAUGAGUAUGGCAACAUGUUCUACCUUGGCCCUACCACCGGUGGUCAGUAUAUCACCAAGGCCACCUACAACAUGGAGGUCCCCAACCCGCCCACAAACUGGGUGAAGACCGAUGAGACUCAGCGCUGGCUCUCCCUCUGGAUCGGUGUUCAGGACAACCCCAACAACGGCGACGUGCUCAACAUGAACUUUGUCCAGCCCCUCCUUAACUGGGGACCCGAUAACUCCGUCUGGGGCUGCAGCGCUCCCAACACGCAGUGGUGUGCUGCUGCCAGCACUUACCAACCCAGUGGUCAAAUUGGCCAGGCUUACGUUCCGGUCAACAAGGAGGCCACACUUGAGUUUGAGAUUUCUCUCAAUUCCUCCACCGACAUGAUCGACCAGAAGAUCUGGCAGAACGGAGACCUCAUCUCUUCCGAGUCUGACUCCAAGGGCAUGAGACCUGCCGUCUUCUACUCUGGUAACGAGUGCUACGGCGAUGGCUGCGGGACUCUGCCGGCUUACAAGUACACCAAUAUCACCCUUGUUUUCGACAAGGCUGUUACAAACUUGGCCGACAUUAUCUCCUAUACCAACGCUACCCACACAGAAUGGCAGACGAAGGACAACGGUAUCACAUGGACCGUCGACUCCAUCACCAUCGCGGAGGAUAACUUGACCGAAUAA